UCUUCGUCCGAUUGAAGUUCAGUGCGUUUUCCUUUGAACCGUGCACGAAAUGUCAACGAUGGGCAGCUCUCUGUGCGCCGCGGCACUUUUAGCUUUUCUGGUCUUUUCUUUAAGACUUUUUGUGAACAGUUGGCACUUCAGAGUUCAUAAAGGAAUUUUUACCAAUGGAACUAUUGAGGAUGGUUUUGUUAUGGAGCGCAACGGAUUAGUUCAUGAACUCAACGAAAGACGCAAGGAAAUUCUUCCUUUCCUCAUCUCUUCUGGGGUAAAGAGGUUAUUGGAUGAAUCGGGACACUUUGGGCAGCACCAAUCAUUUGAAAGUAACCAUGUGGAUAUUAGUUUGGAGAAUGAGAAUUACGUUUCCAGUGGAUCUAUUAGAAUGAAUAAGGAUCAUAUUGGCUGUGAUCAGCUUGUUGAUAUGAAAGUUGUGGAUAUCCUUGGCUCGGGCUAUACCAAAAUAGUCCUUAAAGUCGUGCUAUCGGAGGGACAGUCGGUGGCAUUGAAAACGGUGUACGAUCAAGGAACUGACAUGGGGAGAUGUCUCGAGGAUUUUAAAGACCCCUUGGGCUGUCACGAGCUCGUGUCUUUUAAACUGAAAAAAGAAAUCGUUUUAUUGCAGAGACUGCAACAUCCAAACAUCAUAAAGCUCCGAGGCCACUGCGAGGACAGUGUGGGGGCAGGAGGCAUCACAGCCAUCCUGGAGCAGGGCUUCCCACUGCAGAUGAUCCAGCUCCUACAGAGCCCCUGGGAGGAACGAUUUCGGGUUUGUUUGGGCCUGGUGAGGCUCCUCCACUACCUCUCCCACUCCCCUCUGGGCUCAGUGGCUCUGUUGGACUUCCAGCCCCGUCAGUUUGUCAUGGUGUCUGGGGAGCUGAAGCUCACAGACCUGGAUGACGCCAGCGUGUCGGAGCCUGCCUGUCAGAUGGACCAGGACUGCAUCUUACAGUUUCCCCUCCGCAACUUCAGCCUGCCCUGCUCGGCCCAGGGAGUGUGUGAGGGCCUCAACGAGAUGAGGAAUCUCUACAACGCCUACAGGUAUUUUUUCACCUAUCUGCUGCCUCACCAAGCCCCGCCUGCCCUGAGACAUCUGGUGGAUCACAUCAUGAAUUCAACGGGAGAGCUGAAAGGGGAUGUGAAUGACAUGCUGGAAGCCUUUGAAGACAUGCUCCAUCUGUACAAAUCCGGCCUGCACCUGGACAACACGCCUCCGUCAAUAAUCAGAGAUUAUACAGUCAUGAAAGGCAUGAGCACCUCUGGAAAUCUGGAAUACAGAUGCUGGCCCUCGUACAACCACCAAGGCUGCAUGCUGUCGGUGCACAGCAACAAGGAGGCGGCCUUCAUCUGUAACUCCCUUCCUCAGUGCACUAGCUUCAGCCUGAGCAACCAGAGGACUUGGACAGGACGGCUCCUCGCCUCGUUCCAAAGUGGUUUCAGCCAUUUGGUUACAGAUGGGAACUCGGAGGUGUAUUUGAAAAAGACCAAAGCAUCACCAGGAACUACAGUGUAAGGAGUGGGACAACGGGAGUUGGGGAAUGCAGGGAGUGUGUUUUUGAAGCGAAUGAAGGAAUGUGAUAUAUUUAUAGGGCUUUUGCUCAGUGGCUUGUUUGAUCUGGCUGCCAAUCCUGCAUGCUGCCAAUAAUUAUUUAAAGGGAUUUCCCAUCAGAUAUAAUUAUGAAAAAAAUAGUGCCCUCACUGUUCAGUCUCAACCCCCCUCACCCCCGCUUCUCUUUAUUUGCAUUGUGUGUUGUGUUUGCGAGGCUACAUUGGUCCAGUGGUAGGACUCGAAGCUCCACACUAACUGUUUGAUGCCUGGAUGAGAAAAAAAAAGAAAAACAAGCUCUUAAACAACUACACUUUGAUGUUAAUGCGCCAUGAAACUUUGUGGCUUGGCGUAGGGAUACGGGUUUGUGCAUCGAGGGCUGCACAUGGUAACAAGCAUAUAAGUGCUUACAUCACAGCAGUCGGCCUAGAUGAUUACAACCAUUCCAGUCCCCAGUAGUUGUCUUUGAUUUUAAUGGCAAAUUAAGUUAAUGCCAUAUGUGAUGUUAAAAUGUAAUUAUCAUUACAUUGUUUGUGUAUAAUAUGUACACCUUGUGGGUGUGAACCUGUUUAACUUUUUCAAUGAAAGGGAUUCUGUUCAAUGACAAUUCAUUCUGUACUUGACAUUCUGUACUUUUAU